CAGGUUUGUUCACCUUACUCAAAAUUUUCACUGUUUUCUUGCUCAUUUCCCUUCCUUUCUUUUCUCCUCACAGGUGCACACAUUCUAAUUUUUGUGACAAUUAUUCUUUUCUCUCUUUUACUAGGGCUGCUUGCGAGUGAGGUUGUUAGUGCAGAUUAUCCCGCGAUUUAUCAUGGGGGAUAGUCAAUAUUCGUUUUCACUCACCACAUUUAGCCCUUCUGGAAAGCUUGUUCAGAUUGAGCAUGCUUUGACGGCUGUUGGGUCUGGGCAAACAUCUUUGGGAAUUAAAGCUGCAAAUGGUGUUGUCAUCGCUACCGAGAAGAAAUUGCCAUCUAUUUUGGUUGAUGAAGCAUCAGUCCAGAAAAUUCAGUUAUUAACACCAAAUAUUGGUGUCGUAUAUAGUGGCAUGGGUCCCGAUUUUCGAGUUUUGGUUCGAAAAAGCAGGAAACAGGCCGAGCAGUAUCACCGAUUAUAUAAAGAACCAAUUCCUGUGACUCAACUUGUCAGGGAAGUUGCUGCUGUAAUGCAGGAGUUUACUCAGUCUGGUGGUGUUAGGCCUUUUGGAGUGUCGCUUCUAGUUGCUGGGUUUGAUGAUAAUGGGCCACAAUUAUACCAGGUAGAUCCGUCAGGUUCAUAUUUUUCUUGGAAAGCUUCUGCAAUGGGGAAAAAUGUAUCUAAUGCAAAGACUUUUCUUGAGAAGAGGUACACAGAUGAUAUGGAGCUUGAUGAUGCAGUGCACACAGCAAUAUUGACUCUGAAGGAAGGGUUUGAGGGACAGAUCUCAGGGAAAAAUAUUGAAAUUGGCAUAAUUGGUGCUGAUAAAAAGUUCAGGGUAUUGACACCAGCUGAAAUUGAUGACUAUUUGGCUGAAGUAGAAUAGUGUGCAAUGGAAAAAUGCUGUGUUCUUGAAGUUGAUGUUUGCUUCAAAGUUGAGUUUAAUUUGUAGCUUAAUACUGGCUGUGAUGACAAUAGUGAAUUUGCGAUAUACUUGUAGUUGUGACCAGGAACAAGCCUUGAGAUAAACCUUUUUCCUAAGUCGUCAAAAUUAUCAAACAUAGUAUGUCUAGACGAUGCGGCAAUGAUUUUCUUAAUGAAGAUUCCUGAUUUAUUA